GACGUGGAAGUCGCUGGCUGACCGGGCUUGGGAGCGAACCGCCUCGUAGCCUCAGCCGCAGGCCAACUCGCGCGGAGGUGGCGGCGCCGAGGCGCGGACGGUGGUCGCUGCCGAGCCAGUCUCUGAGGAUCGGCGAGGGCAGACACGCGGUUCACCAUGGGUGGCUUUUUCUCAAGUAUUUUUUCCAGUCUGUUUGGAACCCGGGAAAUGAGGAUUUUAAUUUUGGGAUUAGAUGGAGCAGGAAAAACCACAAUUUUGUACAGAUUACAGGUUGGAGAAGUCGUUACUACUAUUCCUACCAUAGGAUUUAAUGUAGAGACGGUGACAUACAAAAAUCUUAAAUUCCAAGUCUGGGAUUUAGGAGGACAGACAAGUAUCAGGCCAUACUGGAGAUGUUAUUAUUCGAACACAGAUGCAGUCAUUUAUGUAGUAGACAGUUGUGACCGAGACCGAAUUGGCAUUUCUAAGUCAGAGUUAGUUGCCAUGUUGGAGGAAGAAGAGCUGAGAAAAGCCAUUUUAGUGGUGUUUGCAAAUAAGCAGGACAUGGAACAGGCCAUGACUCCUUCAGAGAUGGCAAAUUCACUUGGAUUACCUGCCUUGAAGGACCGAAAAUGGCAAAUAUUCAAAACGUCAGCAACCAAAGGCACUGGCCUUGAUGAGGCAAUGGAAUGGUUAGUUGAAACAUUAAAAAGCAGACAGUAAUUUAAUCACUUCAGCUCCUGUGAAAUGAAAGCUACAAAACUUAUCCGUUUGGAAACAGGUGUGUUUCAUACUACUAAAUGUUAAAACUGUAUGAUUGUUGGCAUAUACUGAACUGACUGCAACGUUUGUAAUAAAUAUAAAAAAUAAGUAUUUGGUUGGAGGGGGUAACUUGGUUGAGUUACCUGAAUGUUCUGUGUAACUUAAAAUAUUUCUUCCUUGCUUUCUUGUAUUGAGGUAUCUAUUCUAUUUGUAUGGAAUUCUUAUUCAAAUAUAGUCCUAUUAAAGAAUGCGCACUCAUUGGGGAAAAAAUA